CGAAGUGAUGGAGCGAUUCACGAAGAUUAUCGUUCUGGCUUUUGUUGCGCUGGUGGCUUUGGACAGUUUUGGGGCCAAAGCGCAAACCACCACCACUGAGUCGGCCACCACCACCACCAUUAAGCCAUCCACCACCACCACCACUAAGCCUGUCGACACCACCACCACUGCCACCACCGCCACCACCGCCACCACCGGCACCACCACCGCCACCACCACUGCCACCACCACCAAAGCCGCCACCACCACCGCGCCCCACGGAGGGUCGCCCUCUUUGGCACAAGCUUGGAGUCAGCUGGUCGCCCUGGUCAUGGCUCUCGUCCUGCUCGCCGCGUAAACCACGGGGACUCUGCCGCUCGCCGAUUUCAUGCACGCUAAAUUAUAGAAAUGUUUUGACGUGAAGUUUGAUAAACAGGACCGCUCAAAAGUCUGUACACAGUUUUUCAUUUAUGUUUCUUCUUUAUUUUCAUAACUGUGAUUGAACGUUUAUGGAAUGUCGUGAACAAAAAAUGCACUUAAAGUAACUCAAAGCUUCUAAGGUGAAGGGGCGUCUACCUGCUUGUCUCCAUGUUCCGCAGUAGGGCAUUAAAUCGGCCUUGCAUUUACUCGAUUACAAGUGUUUUAUAGCUCAAAAACACUUUAAAAAACAUGAAUUCUUACUAUUUGCAUGCUUGCUUUUCCAUAAACCUGACCAACAAAUUGUCAUAACCAAGUUUGUAUUUGCAUUCACAAGCAGGUGGCAGCCCUUCCACCAGAAAAGUUGCACAGUGGACCUUUAAAAUACCCUUUACUUUACUCACUGCACUUUUGGUGUUUCUUGAUCCUGACGUGGCACAGCUGGAAAGUGAAAACCAUCAUGAAGGCCAAGGGUUUGCACCACUGUCGACAAAGCAAAGGGUGGAUCCUGUGAGAAUUGGAAUCUAAAAUAUAACUUGUAUUUAAAUGAGUUCACUUUUUUUAUUUGCUACGUAAUUCCAUUUUUCCUACACUGUGUAUUUGAUGUCUUCUGUGUGUAUAUAAAAUGUAGAAAGACAGUGUCCAAACUUUUGACUGGUAGUGUAAUAAUAAUAAUAAUAAUAAUAUUAUAAAAAUGCACAUUAUAGAAACUUGCUUAAACUGUUCAUCUAUUUUUGUAAAUCUUUCUGUCGUCAUAUCUGCCCUGGGGUAGACUGAUGUGAAAUGAAGUGUGGCUGCUUAUCUGUGCCAAUGGCUCCUCCUCCGACCACCACCAACAUCAUACAUACUGAAGAAAGACGAGCUUUUUGAAAUGUCUUGCCAAAGGACACAACAACGCGAACUGGUCGAAGCCGGGACUGAACCACAAACAAUGAUGUCUUUAAGUUAAAAAGUCCAGGAAUUUUGUGAAACCUUGAUGUUAUUUGAAUGUGAUUUUUUUUGUUA